AUGACUCACUCGCGCAGUAAUAAUAAGCGAGGUGGUGGCGGAACGAACAAUUAUUCAUCAUCAUCAUCCUCUACAACCACUAGUACGCAAAGGUUUUCCUCGCAUCAUCAUCAUGAUUACUCAAAAGCACCCCCUACCAUACUGAAAAAUCAAAAUAGAGUUGAUCGUGCCAAUUCAAGUGGCAGCAGUAGUAGCAAUUCAAUUUACCGCUCUUCUUCCUCAAAUGUUUCAUCCUCUUCCGGAGGAAGCUUUCACCCGAGUAGAAGCACAGCAGCAGCAACAACCUAUUCGUCGCACACUCCCUCCUACCGCAGUCAAAACGAAGAGGAAGAGGAAGAUUAUGAAGAAGAAGAUUUUAAUCAAGACGAUGAAGAUGAUAAUGAGGAAGAUAAUACCUAUGAGGAACGAAAAAAGUUUUCAAGUAUUCCUUCAGGCAGUAGUAAUCAACGACCUUCACAAUUUCAAUCACAACACGUAGCCUCAUCUAAUACUACCACUUCUUCAUCCUCCUCACAAUAUUAUGGAUCAUCCCCUACUAAUAAUUCUCACCAAAAUCUUUCAUCGGCAAGUCAUGUAUCUUCACCUAGAUCUAGUAACGUUUCAAGGCCUACAUCACAUGGCAGUGGAGGCUCGUCAUCUUACUCUAGGAAUACUACUACAAGCAACCGAUAUCAUUCUACGCAUUACAAUCCUUCUUCCACUAACUUGAUGAAUGUGAAAUAUCACAGCGAAAAUAUUAGCCACCUGAAAAGUGGGUUAGAUCCAAUCACACAAGUUUUAUUAAGCAAAAAGCCUUUACAUCAUAUUAUUGUUUUAUUUGCUGCAGAUUUACGAGUUAGAAAUUAUGCUCAGCAAGUACAAGAAACUUUUUUAGCUAAGGGAAUCAACGUGUAUACACAAUUGGCUUGUUACACAAGAGACACUCCAACUUCAUCGGAGGACUAUGAAUUUAUUAAACCCGAUCACUUGCAAGAACUCAUCACAAACUCGAUUGCCGAUUAUGUUGCAGUCAUAGGUGAUCGAAAUAUGAAACAUAGAACAUGCCAAGCAAAAAAGAAUGGCAAACUUGUAGAAGUGAGCGUUGACGAAAGAGCGGAAGAAAUUUUACAAGAUUGGGAAUCAUCUUCUCCCCAUUCUGAUUUUCCAAUACUUGACUCGAUAUCAAAUAUGAGAGAUAUUAGUGAUAUUUCCACCGAACAAGUGUAUGAGUUGAUAGAAGCUUUUGCCAAUAUAAGGCAUAUUAAGGAUCGCGUGGAUAGAUUGCGAAAAAGCAUUAGCGAGUUGAGAGAUUGGAAAUCGCCAAAAUCUCAAAAAUCAAUUCAAACCAUAAUGGAUGAAAAGAUGUUAUCUAAACUUACUACAUGCAAUAAUGCAGCAAUCAAGUUACACAAGGACCUAAUUUCUGCUUUGGAAUACAUACAAGAUUUGCCAUGUAACUCGGAGAGUUCUUGUAUUUCCGUGCUGGAUCCAGAGGACGAGAGAGGUGUGUCUCUCAAUUCAAAGCAUUUAACGUUCUCAGGAGAUGAUAACAGUGAAGCACAAACAUCGAGUGGAGAUGAUGAACUAGUCAUUGCUAUCAGCUCCUCCUUGAAAGAUUUAUUAAUCGAAAAGUGCAACGAAAUAAUUCCAACCAUUGAGAAGCUCGGCGACCAAAUGUCAGAAAUUGCCGGAUCAUCGUCACUCUGGAAUGCAUACAUUAAGGAACAUCAUGAGGAGCAAGAGAAAAUGAAACAACGCAAAUUGCAGCAGCAAGCUUUGAAGAGUAGUAGUAGUAGCAUUUCUACAACGCCACCAACUCACCUGCACAUCCCUAUCAACACUGCUAGUAAUGUGAAUAGAAAACGAAACAACUCCACAAGUUCUACGAGCUCGAGCGGAUCCAUCUCAAGUUCAGGAAGUUCCAGCACCAAUCCACAAAAUGGAUGGAACUGUCCUGAGUGUACUUAUCUGAAUAAGGCUUCUCUAACUCGAUGUAAAAUGUGCAACAAUCCAAAACCAAGUGAACCUGAGUGGAUCGAUGCUUCCUCUCAAAAGAAGCCAGCAGUCGUGGUGGCAAAAAGCAAAGCACAAACAGGAACAACUACAGCGCCCAGCAAGACCACCAAGAAAGGACAGACCAAUAUAAGUGUGACAGUUCCAAAGGCCUCUCCAGCCACUUCUACAUCAAGUACACUCUCUUCAGGUAGCAGUAGCAGCAGUAGCACUACAGGUCAAAAAGUUAUUGUGGCAGCAUCUUCCUCUAACACUACUUCUCCAGUCAUUGUAACACCAACAACUGCAACGUCAACCACACCAUCAUCUAACAUCAUGUCAACUAAUCCAUCACCAAUUCCAAGUCAAGCAAAUACCAAAGCAUGGCAAACAAGUUCAACUCCUGUUACUCCUUCUUCGAAUAUUGGAUUGCUUGGUAGCAAUAACAACACACUAGUUCCCAAUCAACCACAGCAGCUUCCUUCACAGUUUUUCCCCAAUAUGCCAUUCCCGAAUGGAUCUCAACCCACUGGAGGAAUUCUUGUUGGACCUUUUGGAGGUGCAUUUGUUCCUGCAAUGCAGUACCCUGGUAGCAUGAUGGUUGGUUUAGGGUUAAUGCCACCAAAUGGCAGCUCAUUCCCAAUGGGUCCACCAUCGACGUUAAACCAACCUCCUCAUCCUCCUCAAACGGUUAAUCCAACCUAUGAUCAAGAGUAUCCGUCACUCGAUCAGCUGCACUCAAAAGGAGGUAAAAAAGCAACGGGUAGCAAUACUUCAAUUCCAACCAAUGCCACCUCUUCCACUCUUGGUUCUAAUAUUUCCAACAUUCCAGUGGAUUUACUUGUUGGAAAUACAUUUUCAAGUAAUAGUAGAGGAGCGUCUCCUCUCGUCAUGAAUUCCCCCAAGGUCAAAGACUCGAGAAGUAAUUUUGGUUUUCCAUCCUCACCCAUUUCAAACCAAUCUGGAGACAGUAGUAGUGUCACAUCUCAACAAUUUUCUCAAAUUCAUCUCUUUGAGAAUUCGAACGUGUUAAACCAGAAUGUCAUGCCAUCGUCACGAGGAUUUUCAUGGGACGCCCUUCUUAGUGGAGGAACAAGCACUAACUCUUUCGGAAAUAUGAUACCCAACAGCAGCAACAGUGGUGUGAACGGACAACAAUCGCAAUUACUCGCAUUUUCAGGUGCUUCCUAUGGCUCUAGUCAUAACCAAGAGGUUGCAACAUCCAUUACAGAUUCCUUGUUGUCUGAAGAAAGAUCACCAUCCCCUCAACAAAAACCUUCAAAUUUCCCAGCAAGUCUGUUAACUAGUAGUACUCUGCCUUCCAAUCAGUCGUCAUCACUCAACUUUACGAGUCUCUCUUGUUUUAACUCAACCGGAGACAGCAUGUGGAGCAAUUCAGCAUUGUCAAAUUCGUCGUGGGGCUCUUCUACAAACGACUUUUCAUCGAGCUCUUCAUUUGCAACAUCAACGAAUCCAUCUGGUGCAUUUGCUACAAGUGGAGGUUUAGGAUUAACAAGUUUCCUUCCGAGUGGCAACACUGGCAAUGUCACAGGCAGCUCCAUUGGUGGUUCAAAGAGUGCUUUUUCUCCUUUUGGUGAGAGCAGUGCUAUGAGUAAUAGUUCAUCAUCCUCGACACAAACUUUGAAGAAUGCUCCUCCUGCUUCUUCAGGUACCACAGCGGGAACGACUCAAACUUCUACAAGAAGAAUUCCAGUGAAUCAACCUUGUAUUGUCUGUGGUCAAGAAUCGUUAUUUGAAUGUACUAUUUGUGCAUCCCUUAGAAGAAAAGGCGCCCAACUCGCCCCCACCUAUUUUUGUUCCACUGAACAUCAGCAAUUGGCAUGGAAAGAUCAUCAACAGAAAUGUCAUAACGUUACUCCUCAAAGUCAAGAUACUUCCCAUCUCACUCAAACCCCUUCUCCUUUUGGAAUAAAAUACUAUUGA